CGAUAAAAUUCUUUUGUCGUUGCAGUCCGCAAUUGUUCGUUCGUUACACGUCGCGCAAACGGGAUCGGAAAAUAUUUCGGUGGACCUGGCUAACGACAGCGAAACAUCAUGACGGAUAGUGAUAAGAAACUGAUGUCACGCGUAUUAAAGCUCGCCAACAAAUUCAACUGCUUCUACCUGUCGGGUUUCCACUCAGGUGAAUGCAGGGCAUUCGUAGUGGAUGGCCAGCAGGUCGGCUUGGUGCGUCCAGAUGUAAUAAAGGAGCUGUUAAAUUACCCUCAGGUCUUUCAAGUACAUCCAGAAUAUGUGCAACUAAAUCCAGCCUUUCGAGACUAUGCCGAGAGAAGUGCACGUGUCGAUGAAGUCCUGAGGGAAUGGCAGGCCGGCGGAAAAUUUGUAACACUGCGGGGUUGGAGAGAGGAAUGCUAUGAAGUACGUGCACAGUUCAACACAUCUCCAUUAUUCAAAAUGGACCGAUCUGCAACAUGUCUAUUCGGAAUUCGCAAGUAUGGUGUAGACAUUAACGGAUACGUAAAUGAUCCUGUCAAGGGUCUGUCAAUAUGGUUGCAAAAACGUAGCCCCAACAAGCAGACCUGGCCCGGGUACUGGGACAACAUGGUCAGCGGCGGACUGAGCGUAGGCUACGGCAUAAAUGAGACCGCAAUCAAAGAAGCCGGGGAGGAGGCCAGCAUCCCCAAUAAUCUCGUUACAAAGCUGAAGAGCGCCGGCUGCGUGUCGUUGUUCUUCGAAAGCGAAAGGGGCCUGUUCCCGAACACCGAGUUCGUCUACGACCUAGAACUGCCGCCAGACUUUGUGCCCAGCAACAACGACGGCGAGGUGGAGACCUUCGAGCUGCUUCCAGUCAACGAAUGCCUAGAGAGGAUAUUGUCCUCGCACUUCAAGACCACAUCAGUUCCGGUCGCCCUCGAUUUCUUAAUCAGACACGGAUACAUUACUGCCGAGAACGAGCCUAAUUUUAUACAAAUCGUGGAACUGCUUCAUGUACCACUGCAAACCUUGUACAAUCAACCACAAAAAAAGUGUAAAAUAGCCACCAACGGCGAGGCAAUCGAGUCCCUAGACAGAAUUUAAGUUUAACCUAGAUUGUAAUUUAAAAAGAAAAGAGAGAAAAAAAACGAAAAAAAAAACGUUGGAAUUGAUUGAAUUGGACAACACGAUUGGGGUUGAGCCUUUCUUUUGUGGUUUUCUUGUAUUCGGUCGAUCCUUCGCAGAUUUUAUAUAGGAAAAUGGUGCAGUUUUGCGUGCGUUCAGGGAACUGCCAGGUAGUAGCAAACAAAUUUUUACGAAAUUGGUUGGAAAUAUUGAAUUUCACGUGUUUCAACGUUAAUGACGUCUGCUGUUGGGGCGAAUAAUUCUAUAUCGAUCAUGAAAGUGAGGAUCCCAGGCGCUAGUAGGACUGGGGUCCCCACGCCCAUUGGUGAGGUUGGGUCUGAGGACCCCAGUCAUCAUUGUUAGACGUAAUCCGUUGUGAACUUGUUGGUAGUCGAAUUUGAUUUUUUGAAAUUCAGUCUAUGUAUUCCAAUUCGUGAUGACUGGCGUCCCCAUACCGUAUCGGUGAGGUCGAGGUCCCAAGGACCCCCAUUGAUCACCGUCAUACAUUAUUUAUUGCGAUCUUGUUGAUAUUCGAUUUGAUUUUGUGAAAUUGAGUCUAUACAUUCAAGUCCAAGAUUUUGUGAAGUUGAGUCUAUACAGUCGAGAAUCCAAGAUGGCCGGGGUCCCCGGCACCCUGCCUGUGAGGCCGCCGGUCCGAGGACCCCGGGCCCAUCUCUGCCAUACCUAACGCAUUGUGACCUUGUUGGCGUUCGAUUUGAUUUUUGUAAAAUUGAGUCCGCAAUACAGAAAGCUAUGUGUUCGACGAAAAACGAUCCUCGAAUUACUUUGGUUCACGUCACGCUGUAUCUUCCUCUUUGGUUUUCGAACUGAAUCUUGCACAACAAAACCGAGUAAAGCCACGCUCUCACGGAAGUUCUACAUACGAAUGGAUACAAACGACAUUUUGAUGUAAACAACAUCGACCGACGUUGAAUUAGAAGUAUUAUAUUAACGCAGCAUUCCAGAAUCAUAGAUUUAAACGUAAUUAAACGUAAUUUCAAUUCUAAGCGACGGAAAGGUAACAAUAGUUUUUGCGCAUACUCGAGACUUUUGUACUAACGUUUGUGAUCGAGACUUUUGUACUAACGUUUGUAAUCGAGACUUUUGUACUGAACCAAGACGAUAAACGCGACGAGAUGCGACUCGCUUACACUUGUUAACAACGAGGGAUGGGGUGGGGGGUGGGGGAUGGGGGCGGUGCGUGAAGUCGACGCACGUGCAACACAAAACAGUGGGCAGCAAUAUCUCGGUAUUCUGCGGUAGUAUUAAAAAAAAAAAGUAAACGUACACGUACACAGAGACAGAGAGACACAUUCACAGUAUUAUUAUCGAAAACGUGAAUGCAUAGUAACCGUUUUGAUAUGUUUUAACGCGAGAAAAUUUCGUAGACGAAUUCUGUCGACGUUAUGUGUUCUUGUAGCCUCAGCUAUGCUGCCAAACGGGAAGUGAAAAGAAAGUUUUUCUUAGGAUCUAGCAUAAACGUCACCGUGACUGGGGAACAACAAAUGUUCAUUCUAUGUAAACGUAGCUAGAGUUUUUCAUCGGACCGUGAUAAUUCAUCGUGCAAAGUUGCAGUGUAGUGCUCAUUCAAGAGACGAAAUUUUUCGUAUAAGGGUGUAUUAUUUUCGUUGAUGUAGACGCUUUUCCGUUGCUUCCUUUUACAUGAGACACCAUGCAAUCGAAGUAUUCUAAGCGUGAUAGUGUUUAGUUUUAUUGGAACUAACAAGGAGGAGUUUCGAACAAGUUCGACCCUCGCGAGGCGUACGAUUCGAACGAAUUGCACAGCGGCCGGUAAAAUUAGAUCCGGUGAACUUUCGAAAUUUCGUAGUUUCAAACUUGCGUCACGCGUCUGUUAGUGCCGAUUAUUCUACUAGAUCUUCUUUGAAUGGUUAAACGAUUCGAGCCGGCUGCUGCUGGAAAAAAAUAAUUGCUAUACGGAUAGGAGGUUUGGGCCGGAAUGGGCCCAGAACGCCGCGCCGUCCGAGGGUUGAUACUUUUUUAACAAACGAUUCUAAUAACAUACUAGUCAUACACGUCGCCGUCUUAUACUUUUAACAUUAAUCUGGUCAUGGAAUUUAGUAUAUCUACGAUUCGCGUUCGUUUUUAAGAGAGGGACGACUAACGUUUUGUGAUAGUGCUGAUGGGUACGGCUGGCCAUACUGCUUGACACGAAUGGGACAACAUUGUCGACGAGCAAAUCUUUCAUUUAUAUUUUUUUUUCUUUCAUUCGGAUCACUUCAACGUCAUCGCUUGCACUAAAUUGUUACCACGGCGAUCAUCAUCAUCAUUAUCAUCAUCAUCGUCAAUCAUCAUCAUCGUUAACAUCGUCAUCAUCAUCCAUUGUCAUCAUCAUCAUAAUCAUCAUUAUUAUCCAUCGUCAUCAUCAUCAUCAUCCACUUCGUUCGAUUCCCACGAUUUCGUAUUUGUUGAUUGUUCAUGGAGAAAAGGAAAAAUGGAAGAUGAAUGAAACGAAUUCACGAAAUAUGUAAGGCGAAUUACUACUCGAUCAUUCUCAUUCGUUGUAUUAUACGAGUGUAUUACGCAUUAUACUUAAUCUUUUCCACGAUUCUUUAGGACGUAUGCGAAUUAUUACAUAUUCUCUGUUGUUAGAUAUAAUCAUGUACUGAUCAUUAAAAUAGCAGGAAGUGAAGGGCGAAUCAAUUGCAAAACGAUAUUAACAUAACGACUAUAUAAUUCAGAUGCUUUGUACUUUACGAAUGUAUUUCUUUUUCAGUUUAUGUAAAAUAACACAUGCAAUAAUAAACUAAUGUUAACAGACCAAUGUUACAGUUCUGCGGGGAAGAAUUAAUUUGAAAUAAACUUCCAACUAAUAA